GAACACUUAUUUGGAAGGAGAUAUGAAUACACAGACCCUGUCCUCCAAGCGACUGUUGACAAAUACCAUGAGUCCAUCCAUCUGAUUGGAUCAGCUUCCAUCCUGAUUUACAAUAUGGUUCCUUGGCUGGGCCCUUAUCUUAAAGACUGGAGGGAUUUGAUGAAGAAUACAGAGGACACCAUAAGGGAAAACAAAAACAACAUAAAGGCUCUGAAGCAGACUUGGAACCCUGAGAUGUGCAGAUGCUUUGUUGAUGCAUUCCUGACCCAUAAGCAAACUCUUGAGGAGUCUGAAAUCAAGAAUUUACACUUCCAUGAUGACAACCUCCUCUAUAGUGUGAUAAAUCUGAGUGCAGCUGGAACUGACACAACAGCAACUACACUUCAGUGGUGUUUACUUUUCAUGUCCAAGUACCCUCAUAUUCAAGACCAGGUCCAGGAGGAACUGAGCAGAGUGGUUGGAAGCCGUCAGGUCCGAGUAGAGGACAGGAAGAACCUGCCUUACACUGAUGCUGUCAUCCACGAGUCGCAGAGACUUGCCAACAUCGUCCCCAUGGCCCUUCCUCACAAAACCAGCCGAGACGUCAUGUUCCAGGGCUACUUCAUCAAAGAGGGGACUACAGUGUUUCCUCUUCUUACUUCUGUCCUGUAUGAUGAGAGUGAAUGGCAGAGCCCACACACUUUCAACCCUUCACAUUUCCUGGAUAAAGAUGGUAAAUUUAUCAGGAGAGAUGCCUUCAUGCCCUUUUCUGCAGGUAAAACAGCUUUAUUUGUCUUUUGUUCUUAAUGGACCACACAUGUUAAGUUGCACACCAUGAUCAACUUGGCUGCAACUUACUUCUCUUUAUUUAACCAGGUAAAAAACCCAUUGAGAUCACGAUCUCUUUUACAAGGGUGACCUGGCCAAGAG